CUUUCUAUUUAAAUCUUUUAUAGUAAAAUUCCAGAUGGAUGCAGAAGUUAUUUCGGCUAGUAUAUUAGCUCAAGUUUUUGAGGCUGGUGCAAUAUCCAUACAUGAAGUCAGAUAUCGCAUGGGUACUGGUACUGCUCAUUUACUGCAUGAAAGUUUGCGUGUGAAGCACAUUCCUUCAAGAAUUGAAGUUUUAGAUGAUGAUGGUGCUGCUGCUUUAAGGAAGUUCUGCCUUACCUACUAUGACAUUCGAGCUGUGAUUCUGGACUUAGCUCUCAAGCUUGAUAUGAUGAGGCAUUUGGAUUAUCUGCCUAGAUAUCAGCAGCAAAUGCUGUCUCUACAAGUUAUGAAGAUACAUGCCCCCUUGGCUUAUGCUGUUGGAACUAACUACUUGUCAUUGGAGCUGGAGGAUCUCUCAUUUCGCUACCUUUUCCCAUAUUCAUACCGCUAUGUGGAUACAUGGCUACACAGCCAUGAGACGGGAAGUAAGUCUCUAAUUGAUACAUACAUGGAAGAGCUGCAUUGUUCGCUUAAAGCGGAUCCUAUCUUAGCAGACAUGGUGGAGGAUAUCUCCAUUAAAGGUCGCUAUAAAAGUCGGUUCAGCACAAUGAAGAAGCUCUUGAAAGACGGUCGCAAGCCAGAGGAGGUGAAUGAUGUUCUAGGUUUACGGGUAAUUCUGAGUCCCAGAUAUACAGAAAAUAUGCCAGAAGUAGGUGAAAAGGCAUGCUACAGGACACGUGAAAUUAUCCAAUCUUUGUGGAAAGAAAUGCCACACAGAACAAAAGACUUUAUUCCCAGGCCCAAAGCCAAUGGAUAUAGGAGCUUACAUAUGGCAGUUGAUGUGAGUGACAAUGGCAAGUCUAGACCACUAAUGGAAAUUCAAAUAAGAACUGUAGAGAUGGACCUGCAGGCAGUUAAUGGAAUGGCAUCACAUUCAUUGUACAAGGGUGGUCUUACUGAUCCAGAAGAGGCAAAGCGGCUCAAGGCUAUAAUGAUGGCAGCUGCUGAUCUUGCAGCAUUGCGUCUUAGGGAUCUUCCAUCUGCUAAAGGGAUUGAGAUUGAUCAGAGAGAGAGAGUAUUUCGUCUUUUUGACAAGAAUGGUGAUGGCCAGAUCAGCAUUGAUGAACUUAUGGAAGUGAUGGAAGAGCUUGGUGCCCCAGGGGAAGAUGCUAGGGAGAUGAUGCAGCUCCUUGAUGCAAAUAGUGAUGGUUCUUUGAGCUCUGAUGAAUUUGACACAUUUCAGAAACAGGUUGAAUUCAUGCGAGCUUUAGAGGACAGAGAUGAUGAAUACAAGACCAUGUUGAAUGAGAAACUUAAAAUGGCAGAAGAUAGUGGCCUGAUUAAGGUAUAUGGCCAAGAGCUUGGCAACAAGCUUGCAAACUAGGACCUGUUAAAUGCUGUACAUAAUACCCUGAAACUGAAUUUUUUUUUUUUUUUUUUUGUGAAAAAAAAAGUUUUAUAGGUUGCAACUGUGAACCCAAAUAGGCUAAAUAAAUUCCCAAGUAUAAAAUUGCAAGUAAUUAUUUGUUAGAGCCUGGAAUCUAGGGGUGUUCAUGUUUGAGCCCUAUCAGUUUCUCUAUCUUCUCUUCUAUGUGAUAUCUACACUGUCCUCAACUUCAAAUCUUUAGCGACUUCAAGCCAAGAUUUUCUUGACGUCGAUUGCACAAACCUCCAGAGACUUCAAGGUAUAAUUGCUGAUACCAAUAUCUUUUUCUUCACUUUCCGUUCUAUUCUUUUGUGGGCUUUGAUUUGAGAUUUUUGAUUUAUUGGUGAUUGAAUUUAUUGGGUUUUUUAUUUUAUUUUAAUUGCAGUGUCAGUUGGUUCCUCUCUGCUUUGCCAUCACCUAUGCCUUUAAACAAAAGUUAGUAUGUAAUUGAGGUGUGGGCUAAUGCUAUUUUUCUGAGAUGGGCUCUUGCAAAGUAUUUUACUGAAUUUUGGAGGCUUCUUUUUUCUGUAUUUGUUCCUCUAUCCCUUCCCUUUAACCUUUUGUUUGUUUUAGUAUAAAUCUACAGUAUUUACUUUCAAAAAUCGAUAGUGUCUAAAUUAAUUCAAUCAAGAAAUAGUUCAGCUUCUUUCACUUGUCUAUAUUGAAUUAUUUUAACAAGCAAUUUAGUCUAAUUCCAGUGUUUCUAUCCUUCUCUGUUUCUCUGUGUACAGUAAAAUUUUGUCUGGGUUGCUUUGGGCUAAUGUAUUUAUUUUACAUAUAUAUGUAUUCCUGUGGUGUUGAACUUCUAUUAUUCCUGAAACUGGUUGCAUUUAAUAGGUAUUUAGCUUAUUUUCUAGGAAGAUUCAUUCUGGGCACCGAGAGAAUUGAGCAGUACAUAAGAGUACUGAGAAAUAUGUUUUGACAUUAAGUUUAUGAUUGAGUUUACUUGUUUGAUCCAAAUGUUAGGUUACUAUUGGAAGAAUCUGUUUCCUUCAGUGGCAACAAUGGUAAUGUUUCUAAUCGACUCUUUAUGUUCAAGGAAAAAAGAUAAGACACUUGUAUUAAGGAAAUAAUGAUCUUUAUUUUUUGUCAAUUGGUGCUGCCAAAUGUGGCGUUAUUUUAUAAUGUGGAAAUUACCUUUUGC